CGCUCCUCUGCUCCAGCCGUCAGAGCAGCGGGCGCCCAGUCAGCGCAGCCCUCUCCUGACGCUACGGAGAGACGGGAGUCGGUGCCUUUUCGCAAUUUGGUGGAUUUACCCUCGCCAAGAUGAGACUUAUUUUUGUUGUUAUUGUGGCUCUGUUGAAAGACAAUCUAGCGCUUCCAGUGGGAAAAGAAGGGCAGAGGGGAGAUGCGGUUACCCGGUGUUUGGUUGAAGUCCUGUCCAAAGCUCUCUCCAAAACGGACUCCCAACUGGAUCAGGAAUGCAAAGGCAUUUUCCAAGCAGCUGUUAAACGCGACCCAAUGGACAAGAAGAGUGGAGAGGGGAUAGUAACUCAUGGAGAAGUGGUCAAAGAGCCCAUGGCAACAGGAGCAGAUGUCAAAGACAUUGAGGCACUCCUAAAAGCAGUGGAGGAGAAAAAAGAAAAUCCAGAAGACGAGCGCAGCCAGGAGUCUUGGAAUCUGGGUGAUGAGAAGGAGAAGAGACACGAGAACGAAGAGGGAGAAGAGCGGGAGAAGAGGAGCAGCUCGAGGUGUGUAAAAUACCACCAAAUGAAACACAAACGAGGUGAAGAAGAAGAGGAUAACGAGUGCAGUCAAGAGAAUUUGGGUGAAGAAAAGAGAUCAGAGGAAGAAGGCGAAGAGAAAGAGAAGAGGAACUGGAGACCUGGAAGAUACCACCAAAAAAAACAUAAACGAGAUGAAGAACCUUUGGGAGAAGACAGGGAGGAGCCAGAUGAAGAUCGUAGCCAAGAGUCCUGGGAUGUAGACAAAAGGCAUGGGAAUGAGGAUGAGGAGGAGAGAUACAAGCGCAUAUGGAAACCUAAACAUCGUUACCACCACAAAUUAAACCUAAACAAACGUGGUGAUGAACCAUCAGAGGAGGAGGAAGAGGAGGAUGAUCGCAGCCAGGAAUCUUGGGGUCUAGACGAUGAGAGAGACAAGAGGGACCCUAGACCUGGAAGAUACCACCAGAGCAAACAUAAGCCUGAUGAAGAGCCCUCAGAAGAAGCCAGGGGAGAACCAGAUGAAGAACGCAGCCAAGAGUACUGGGACUUUGACACUGGAAGAGAAAAGAGAAAGUGGAGACCCGGCAGAUACAACCCAAGGAGACACAAACGUGAUGAAGAGCUCUCAGAAGAAGUCAGGGAAGAACCAGAUGAAGAACGCAGCCAGGAGUACUGGGACUUUGACACUGGAAGAGAAAAAAGAAAGUGGAGACCCGGCAGAUACAACCCAAGGAGACACAAACGUGAUGAAGAGCUCUCAGAAGAAGUCAGGGAAGAACCAGAUGAAGAACGCAGCCAGGAGUACUGGGACUUUGACACUGGAAGAGAAAAAAGAAAGUGGAGACCCGGCAGAUACAACCCAAGGAGACACAAACGUGAUGAAGAGCUCUCAGAGGAAGUCAGGGAAGAACCAGAUGAAGAACGCAGCCAGGAGUACUGGGACUUUGACACUGGAAGAGAAAAGAGAAAGUGGAGGCCUGGCAGAUACAACCCAAGGAGACACAAACGUGAUGAAGAGCUCUCAGAGGAAAAGAGAGAAGAAUCGGAUGGGGAGCGCAGUCAGGAGUACUGGGGGCUUGAAAAGAGGCAUGGAAAAGAGGGAGAAAUAGAAAAACAUGCAUGGAAACCAACACACCGCUACCACUAUAAAAAGAAAAUUCACAAGCGUGUUGGAGACUCAUCUGAAGAAGAAGAAGGACAAAGGGACAAUUCAGAGAAAUACGAGGAGGCUGCGAAGGACAGGGAUGAAGCUCUGAGGUAUCUGGCAGAGAAGCGCAAUCCCUGGAUCUACAGAGGCUACUACCAUCCCGCCUGGUAUAAAAGGGAUUCAAAUGGACACUCUGCAACCUCGAGUAAGAUGGAUGAACUGGCCAAGCUGCUGAGCGAUAAAAUAACCCAGCUGGCCAACCUUUCUAAUCAAGGGGAAGCAGACAGGAGCAUACACCCAAGAGCACUCACCCCACAGGAGGAGAAAGAGCUGGAAAACCUAGCAGCAAUGGACUUGGAGCUGCAAAAAAUCGCCACCAAGCUGCAUGACAACAGCGCAUAAGCCAGGAUGGACGUCACUCCAAGGCACUAUCGGCUAUCAGCAGAUAAAAGCUUCAGUCUUACUGUAUGUCUGCCAAGUAAUGUGCUUACAAUGUAACAAAAACAAAAACAGAAGAAAACUCUUCACUCGACUUAUUGCAUCACUGUUUGUGAUUUCUGAUGUUAUGAAAUUUGUUCAGCAUGGGAAUGAUUUUGAUGUUUAUACAUGUGAGAAAAUAAUGAGUCUAAUUGUUCAACAAAUUGUGUUCUGAAGAGUUUGUUCAGUCUGCACUCAAUAAACAAAAUUAUUUCGGGACCAA